ACUCCUGGCCCCUCCCAUUCCAGGAAGUGGCUGAGUGCUGCUGCUUUGCACUGAAGCUAUUGCUGUAUUUAUUUUAGUUCCUGGUUCUUUAUUGAGAGCUGCAUCAGAGCUGCGUGUUGUGCUCAGCGGGGAGGAUGACUGUGGCGAUCUUUUCAGACUGUGUGUUCUUCCUGAAACUAAACGACUUAUCUUUUAAUGAGAGAAAAGCGUUAAAAUUGACAGUAACCUCGAAUGGUGGAGUUAUAUCCUUUGUGCUAAAUCAGAAGUGCACACAUGUUGUGGUGAACACCAUUGGCUGUUUAAGUUCUUCUCAGCAGAAGAAUGUUCAGAAGCAUCAGAUUCCAAUUGUGGACAGUCAGUUUAUAUGGCAAUGUCUAGAAAAGAAGUGUCUUAUCCAGGACUAUCAAUAUCCGACUGCUGGUGUCAAACCAAGUGAGAAAGAACCAGAAGGCUGGCAAGCAGAUCCUGAGAAAACUGUCUUCCCUAAAAAAGUUCCAUCCCUGCAAGACAAUGAUGAGUUCAUCAACAGGGAUUACAGUGAAUAUGAUGCAGACACCCUCCCCGACCCUCCAGAUGCCGAAGUAGCAAAAUACUGUUUUUUUCAAAAUGGUCCCAUUGUGGCAGUUCUGGAGCUGUUGUGCAUUCCUGAAUCCUCUUCAUUCCUAUUUCAAAUAUCUAAAACAAUUUGUAAUUCCAAUGGAUCGGAGCCUGACAGCUCCUAUAUGUUCAAACACACAGCGGAGGCGGCUUGUAACAAGUAUGAGAAGUGCACUGAGGAUUUAGAAAAAGAAGGCUUUAAGAGAGCAAAGCGUAUCCCACCAAAGGUUGCCCUGCACACAUCUGAGGCUCUGCAGAAGGUCCUGCUUGAAGAAGCCAUAAAUGCUACCAAGUUAUCUCCAGAUGUUGGAUAUUUUGUGGAAAGUGUUUGGAUUGAGGCUCUUGGCCAUUUGGAUAACAUCCUCGCGCGUCCCGUAAACAGCAUCAGUCUGAAUGAUGUAAGCAAAGCAGAGGGUGUUCUGCUCCAGGUUAGGAAAGCUUUGGACACAGGAACAGAACCUGGAGACAUAAGGAAAGCAAUGGCUGAGUUUUAUCGGCUCAUUCCCCAUAAGAAACCUCUGCUGGCCAACAUUGAUAAGAAACUUUUGUCAACAAAGCAAGAUCUGUGCCAGCUUAUUAGAGAUAUGGUGAGUGUAUGUGAAACCAACUCAUCGAAGCCAAACCCAAGCAGCCUUGCCAAAUACCAGGCCCUGCGAUGCCAAAUAGAGCAUGUGGAGCCCAAUACUGAGGAAUUUCAUCAGGUGUCACAGCAAAUCGUGGAGAACAAACACUGUGAGGAGUCGAUUAACAUACUGAAAAUAUUCCGCGUUGGGAAAUUAAGUGAAGCCACUGGGUUUCAAAAGAAUCUUGGGAAUGUCAAGUCCCUGCUCCAUGCAUCUUCCCCACGUCACUUUGUGGGGAUCCUUUCCCGUGGACUGCUCUUGCCAAAAAAUGUGGAAGAUGAUUUGGGUUUAAAAAGAACUGAUAUUGGAAAUCUUGGAAGUGGAAUUUACUUCAGUGAUUCCAUAAGUACAAGUGUUAAAUAUUCGGAACCCAGUGUAACCAAUGGGGCGCGUCUCCUGUUGGUUUGUGAGGUGGCUCUGGGGAACUGCAAGGAUCUCUACAAAAGAGACUUCUCCCUUACUGGAGCUCCAAGUGGCUUUAACAGCGUUCAUGGUGUCCGACAAAUGCCAGGGAGGAAAUCUGAUUUUGAGGAUGAUGAAUUUGUGGUAUAUAAAAAGGAUCAAAUAAAAAUGAGAUACGCCGUGCAGUUUUGCACUGAUAAAGACCAAGUCAACAUGGAACGCGACAAACUUUCUGUUCAGUUUGAGCCCAUGGAGGAAGAUGUUGGAGAAGAACCAGUGCAGGUGGAAGAUCUCAUGUUGGAGAAUCUUCCGGAACCACAGAGCAUAAAUGGCGGCCUCCAGAGUGUUCAUGGCAACCAGAUCCCUUUGGAAAAUAUUCAUGUGAAAGGCAAAAUGAUGGAUUUAGUUGCAGAGGUUAUAUUAUUCCAGACCUACAUAAACAAAUCCUCUGUUCCCAUCGAGGCUAAAUAUGUUUUUCCCCUGGACGGCACAGCAGCCGUGUGUGGCUUUGAAGCAUUUAUAAAUGGAAAACACGUUAUCGGAGAGGUUAAAGAGAAGGAGCAAGCGCAUAAGGAGUACAGGGCUGCUAUCAGCGAGGGACAUGGGGCUUACCUUAUGGACCAGGACGCUGCUGACGUCUUCACUGUAAGUGUUGGAAACCUGCCCCCAAACGCCACUGUAAUCAUUAAAAUCACGUACAUAACGGAAUUGAUUCUGGAGUAUGGAUCAGUGAUAUUCAACAUUCCUGGCACAGUGGCAUCUUGGCAAAAGGAUAAAGCUCUGAAAGAAAAUACUCAGGAUACAGUAGAAAAAGUCUGUGUUGAAGAAAGUGGUGUGCCACAAGGUUGUUUCUCUCUGGAGAUGUCUGUUGAGAUGUCUUUUAAAAUCGAGAAUGUGUUAAGUUUCACUCACAGUAUUUCAACGAAAAAAACUGAUUGCAAAGCUGUGAUUGCAACUAAAAAAGACAGUUCAUUGGAUGACGAGGGGUUUCAGUUGAGAGUCUACCUGGAAUCAAGCUUCUUGGAGUCUUCUUGGAACCAACCGAGAAUGUGGGUGGAAAAACACCCCAAAGAAGACAGUGAGGCAUGCAUGCUUGUGUUCCUGCCUAGUUUUAAGACAAGCAUACAAUCCUGGGAUUUAACCAUCUUACUUGAUUGCUCCAAUUCUAUGGAAUCCACUUUCCAAAGCGCAAAACGGAUUGCUCUGCUUGCAGCCAGCUCGUUAAACCCAUGGCACAACAUAAACAUAAUCAGCUUUGGUACAGGUCAUAAGGAAUUUAGCAUCCGUCCAAAAGAGAGCCAGAAUUUAAUACCGGAGCUGGAGCAGUUUAUUAAAAUGGCCAAACCAAACAUGGGAAACACAGAACUUUGGAAGCCUCUGCAGUCCUUAUGUUUGCUGGCUCCUCCCAGUGACAUGCACAAUGUUCUUCUUAUAUCUGAUGGACACAUCCAGAAUGAGAGCCUCGUCUUUCAGAUCCUCAAAAAGAAUGCAGGGAAAGUGCGGCUGUUCACCUGUGGCGUUGGUGCAACAGCCAAUCGCCAUAUGUUGCGGUGUUUGGCUCAGUACGGUGCUGGGUUCUUUGAAUUUUUUGAAGAUAAAUCCAAGUCCAGCUGGAAAAAAAAGAUGGAGGCACAGCUGGAAAGAAUGGAUUCCCCUGCAUGCACUAGUGCAUCUGUUAAAUGGAUGCAGUUCAGUGAUAAUGACCCAGAGCCCGUUCAAGCCCCAGCACACAUACCGGCUUUGUUCAACCGCAGUUUCCUUCUUGUUUAUGGCUUUGCUCCUCGUUGCACUCAGGCCAAGCUACAAGCUUUAAUUGAUGACAAUGAACUGGACACUAUGGUAUCAACUACAGAAUUACAGAAGACCAGAGGAACGAUGCUUCAUAAACUGACGGCAAGGGCUGUUAUUAAGGAUUAUGAAGAUGGGAUCCUGCACGAGAAAGAACAUGAACAUGAGAUGAAAAAGCAGCAAAUGAAGUCCUUUAUUAUUGAGCUGAGCAAGAAGUACUCAAUCGUCACUCAGUUUACAAGCUUUGUCGCUGUAGAGAAACGGGAUGCACAAGAGAAGCCAAAGGACUAUGUACCAAAUGUGCUUGAAAUAAUAUCCACAGAAGAUGUUGAUAUAUUACCAUACAUGAUGUGGGAAACACAGGAAGAGGAUCAGGCCGCUGUGCUGCAGGAAGAAGAUAUGCAGGAAGAAGAAGAAGAAUAUAUGGAUCAAGAAGCACCGGAUUUGUCUGGGUCUGAUUUAGACGAUUAUCGUCUGCCAUUGUCUGGGUCUGAUUCAGAUGAUUAUUGUUGUUAUAUGGCUGACUUUGAAUUGGCAAAAAGCAAGAAAAAAGCAAAACGUGGACCUAUAGAAACAGAAGAGGCACAACCUUUCAGACGUAUGAGACGUGUAACUACAAUGUGUCAUAUGAGUCCUCCCCGAUCAGAGGCACAACCUUCUGAACAUGAUGGAGAGCGAGAAUGGCGGACGUUACAUGCCGAGCAGGAAGUGGAGCGCAUAGGUGGAAGGCAUGGUGGACCGCAUAUCGAUCGAGGGAACAGGAGAGGCGCAUGGAUGCCAGAGCGAACGGAGCCUGCGAUGGUAGAAGCUGCCAUGCCAAUGCGCCAUAUGGAUCGUUGCGGAACAGAGGCACAACCUUCUGAACAUGUGAUGCAGGAAAGAGCUGCCAAGCCAAUGUGUCUUAUGAGUCUUCCCCGAUCAGUGAUGCAGGAAAGAGCUGCCGAGGCAAUGCGCCAUUUGGGUUUUCGCCGAACAGAAAUCAUGGACAUGCUGUCUCCAAUGCCUCCAUCCAACGCUCCAAUCUCUCCAUCAUAUUGUGAAAAGCGCAAGGUUCACGCUGACAUGCUAGAAAUCAUGGACAUGCCGGCUCCAACCUCUCCAUCAUAUGCUCCAACCUCUCCAUCAUAUCUUCAAAGGCGCAAGAGCUUUUCUCUUAUGGGCGCAGCUCCAAGCUCUGCUGUUUCGUAUGCAGCUCCAACUUUUGGUUCUGCAACUGCAGGGUUUACAAGCUCUGCUGUUUCGGAUGCAGCUCCAGCUUUUGGCUCUGCAGCUGCAAGACCUCCAUUAUUUGGUUAUAAAAGCUCUGCUGUUUCGGAUGCAGCUCCAGGUUUCGGCACAGUGACUGCUGCUCAGAGCUCUGGCUUUUUUUGUUCAGCAGGUUUCAGAUUUGGAGCUCUAGUUCCACCUCCACCUCCGAUACCUGGCGGGGUUUGCAGAUUUGCACCGCCACCUCCACCUCCAGUUCCGGAUCCACUUCUGAUGGCUACUGGCAGGGUUUGCAGAUUUGCACCGCCACCUCCACCUCCAGUUCCGGAUCCACUUCUGAUGGCUACUGGCAGGCUUCGGAUACCUGCUGGCGGGGUUUUAAGCUUUGCACCUCCACCUCCACCUCCAGCUCCAGUUCCGGAUCCACCUCCGAUACCUGUUGACAGGCUUCUGAUGGCUACUGGCAAGCCUCGGAAACAUGCUGGCAGGGUCAGAGCCAAGGCUUUGUUCGCUCUAGCUCCUAGUGCUCCAACUUCAGACUCCGAAGUUAAAGCAAGAAUUGCUGCUAAAAUAAGAAGAGCCCCUCCAUCUUUCGUCCCCCUUUCAGCUCUACAGCAUGAGGAGGGAUACUGGCUGCUGGAUGAAAAGCUCGGAUCUCUAUUGAACAUUAAUGUCAAUUACUUGAUAGAUGUGUUUUUAUCCAAGAACGGGAUUCAGUCUCUUGGGAGGAAAGGAAAAGAAGAGGUGCUGGCACUUAUUGCGACCCUCUUGGUGCUGCAAAUGAUUCGCACGUAUAAGUUGGUGGACAUAACAUUUAAGAGUCUGAUGAAACUGGACGAAUCAUUUUGCACAAGCCCCUUUUACCAGACAAUUGAGAAAUCCGUCAAAUGGGCACGAAAAAAAGAUGAACAAUAUCCUGGCAUCUGUUCUCGACUUGGAUUGGGCAAGGAUUGGGAAUCUGCCACCCGGAAGUUAUUAUCCAUUGAUCCAGUGGAUCUUUCCUCUGAUCUCUAUCCUGCUGUUGUGUAAUCUGUUUAAAAAAAAAAAAAAGUUGUUGAAAUGACUUCAUAUUACUUUGUGUGAAAUAUAUAAGAGCUUGAACGUUACAGGGACAUAUAUCUCCAUAUGUAUCAGCCGACAUCUAUAUCUGCCAGGUACGGGCUUUUCUGAAAGAGCCUAUGAGCUGUUUAUGCCUAUGGGUUGGGCUCCAUUCUUGUACUGUUCAUUGGUGCAUAGACUGAGCCUUCUGCCUCCUGUUUGCCCCCCCCCCCCCUAAGCACCUCUACACAGCACAUCCCUAUGUCAGAAACCCACCCUUAGGGAGUAUAUUAUUAGAAGACUCCUUGGAGUCCCUGUAUGGAGGCACUUGGAUUGUGGCUUUAUGCAUAUGGCCAUGCAGUAUCCCUCAUAUAACUGUGCUUUAUUAAUCAGCUGAUACACACAUAGUGCCCAUGAUCACUCUACAUCUAUCAUUUUCCAGGCCAUCAUACACAUUCAUAUAAUAUAAAUAUACAUUUCAUGACUGCAAAGGAUAAUAACGCACUUAAUAUGAUUUGAAUUAACUGUAUAUGAAGUACAGGGAGCACGUGGCACAGAAACCCACUCCCAGUGCAGCAGACCCGCAUUAAAAAUUAAAAUGUGAUAAUGAAAAAUGUCUAAAUAUAUUGAUGAUUUUAUAUUAAACAGAAUAUUUACAAUUGUA